AUGUCCUCUCAACAAGAAAAAAAAGCUAAUAAUGACGCGUCUAAACAAGUGUCCGAUGGCAAUCCCUUUGAGGAUGCCAUCGCGCAAAAACAAUCCUUUCGAAAAAAGUCAAUAAUUACGCAGAAAUCAGGAAUAGAAAUAAGGUCACCAACCGAUAGUAUCUUGUCUCCUUGUUCGGCGAAAUUACAAGAGAAGAAAACGAAAAAUUUUAAUAAAGUGCAACCUUUAUUCCUUCUCGGUGCAUUUGCGAAUGCUGCACGUGAAGAAGAAAACUCUAAACUCAUUGACGAAUCAAAUCUUUAA